UUCACCACUUCACUGCGGCCGGAGUAUUUUGCGUAUUAGUCGGCCUUGCCAGGUUGUGAAUUUUUCGUCGGGUUACGCUUCUCACACCACGUUGUCACUCUCUACCAAGUUCCACAUCUCUGCAGGCGCGACGGAGCGGGCGGCCUGCCGAUGUCGACCGCAGCCAACGGCUCGGUGACAAGCUGGACGCGCGACGAGGACCCCGGCCAGAACGCGGCCGUGCGGCUCACGCUGCUGUCGUGCGUGUCGGCGGCCGGCUCUCUGGGCGGAGUGUUCGUCAUCAGUGCAGUGAUCGUGAUGGAGCCGCUGCGCACGCGCGGCAACGCUUUCCUCGUGUCGUCGGCGCUGGCGCACCUGCUGGUGUCGGCACUGCUGCUGCCGUCCACGUGCGUGGCCAUCCUGGCGGGCGUGACGCGCGACCCGGGCCUGUGCCACUUCCAGUGGGCGCUGCUCGUCGUGUGCCUGGUAGCGAGCCUGCUCUCGUUCGCCUGCCUGGCAGCCAGCCAGGGGCUGGCCCUGCGCUGCUCGCGCGGUGCCGUACUUGCCGCUGCACUCGCCAGCUGGAUCGUGGCCACCACCGUGGCACUUGGCCAGCGUGGCCUCGGACUGGGACCUACGUUUUGCGGUGGCGCGCCCAUGGCCAGCAACGUGCCUCUGCAGGCGGCCGUGGCGGCGCUGUGCAUCGUGGUGCCCGUGCUGCUCACCGUGUUGGGCUUCGGUGUGGCGCUGGCGCGCAUGCGACGCCAUGACCCCGACGGGGCGGCGCUAGAGCUGCUCAAGAGCCACGUGGCCGUGUAUCUGCUCACGCUGGCCAUGUGGGUGCCCGGCGUGGCGCUGGCCGCCGUGUCAAUCAGCCGCGAGGUCCCGCCGCAUCUGGUCGACGUGGCCUGGUGGUUGGCCCUGUCGCACUCCUGCCUCUACAGCUACGUGUACGCGGCCACGCACCGGACGUUUCGCGUGGCCUUCAACAAGCUGUUCUUCUACUGCUGCUGCAAGAGUCACGUGACCUUCUCGAGGCCCUCGCGUGAGCAGCGCAUCGGGGGGCCGCAGGGCUCCGGCGUCGGCCUCCGGGUUCACAUUAUUCCCGCCAUGAACAUUUACUCGGCCAAAAAGGACUCUAGUCAGACAGCCGUCAAGCACUGCGUCCAGGGAAAAGGACUGCACUGCAGCUACGAUCUCUAGCUGAGGGCCCCUCCUCUUCUCAGUGUGGUGCUACGCCGCAGGUCUUCGCAGUGAAACCCUUCAAAGCUCUGCUUUUCAGCUGUCGGUGCAAACAGGAACGAUAUCUGUCUGUGCUAUAUAAGUGUUUUCAGUAUUCUUAAACGUGACAUCAAAAAGCAAGCGCCACGGAAGCAUUUGUCGUACACACACAUAUAUAUAUAACGGUCCAGACUUCUGUGUUUUUUUUUUCAUCCUCGUCCUACUGAAUGUUGCGAAAACUGUGUUUCACAGGUCGAAUUAUGUGUGCUUUUGUCCUUGGAUGGAGGAGAAGAAAACUCGAGAAUGCGAGGGGAAAUUAUGACAAAGACGGGUUACAUUUUCUUGUUUUCCAAUCAUUGCAAUGUCAUGAUUAGAGAAAAACGCAUUCAGCAACAACGUUUUCAUUGUUGCUUGUACAGAAAUCACAGUCAAUGUCCAGACCUGAGUAAACUCAGCUGAACCUUUCGUCACUAGCCAUUUCAAGCAGAGCAGAAACACAACCAUCAACUGCUAUUUGUAAUGUAAAAAUAAGCAGCAUGACAACAAUGUUAGACAACAAAAUAUGCCAUGUUGUCUUAGUUCGCACUUACUAAUGAAAUAUGGUUACGACUACAUUCCUCCAUAAAGUGCAAACUAGUUUAUAGUUGCAACUGUCAAAUUCUAACAUUAAUAAUGCACUCAUUCCUUUAAUUGAAGGGAGAAGCCGUAAUCCCUUAAAGCGGACAUUUUUACGCCAUCUCACUGGGUAAUUCUAGGGAAGCAACUUUUAAAGCAGUGAUCCUGUUUCAACUGCAAGAAAACAUUUCACAGGCGCUACAGUAGUGCUUUAUAGGUGUCCUGAAUAAAUGUGAACAGAUAAAAAAGCGAUAAAAGAACGUUAUCAAAUAUUCAUGUAUCCCUGUUUCGUAGAUUACUUUAUUUUUUUGGAAUAAACGAGCGACAGAGCAACCGCGAAGAAGCAUUGCCAUGCUCAAGCUAGACUAUUUUUGUUCGAAGUUGACGCGUCGGUGCCCUCCCUCCGACUGUUGCUCUUCGAAAGAAAUCAUUUUUGUAGUUGCUGCAUACCAUUACCAGGGCAGGCGUUUGACUUACUAAUAUUCAGCAGUGCUUUCCUUGGCGACUACCAGACAAAUGGCCUUCAGGUACAAAUAGCUGAGGCUCGCGGGUGUCUAUUUCAUGGCGAGGUUUUGCAAGUCUGUUAGUUCAUUGCAUUUAAGAUUCCCGGCACUUGAAAUCGUUGCCCAAGAGCCGUGACAUGCGCUCUAUUUUUGAAUAAAGCGUUCCCUGUUUUCCUUCGGCCGCGACACCGUAUUGCUGCUUAUAGGUGUACUCGCCAACACGCUUCGUCCGCCACGUAGACAACGAAGCUGUUGACCACGAUUUCCGGUGAGAAGCCGCAACCACAGUGCCAAACUAUUCCACCAAACAAGUAGACGUUUAGGCUUAGACAAAAGAAAACGUGAAUUCUAAGAAGCCCGAAAUUUCAAAGUGAACACCAAUAUCAACAUCUACAGAAAGCUUCAAAGCG